AUGUUGCUGGAUACCACGGCGGUCGCUUGCGCCGUCGUCGGCGCCUGCAGCUUGGGCCUUGGCACGCUCGGCACGAUGUGCGGCAGCCACGUCACCGACACACCGUACUGUCCGCCUGUCCGGCGCGGCCUUGGCCCUCUCUUGACGCUGGUCGGGUACGGCUCGCUGCUUCCUGUGCUCGCGUGCGUUCUUGCGAUCGUCCGCGACGCCUCCAAAACCAAGCAAGAAACCAUCGCCCUCCUGCGUUCAAAGCGACGGUACACGGUCUACCGCCAAGGCGAAGUCGUCGCGACGCGCUUGAGCGUCUAUGUGUACGUCGCCCACUUUGUGUCGAGCUACAACAACUCUGUGUGGGAGGCUCUCGUUCCCAUGCUGCUGGCGCAGCUUGGUGUGCACGGAUCGCCGACUCUGCUGCCGUUAACAAUCGUCAGCAUCAGCCUCUUUGUGCUCCCGCUUCUCUCGCAGUAUGUCGACGCGACCGACCGCUGGCAACUGCUUCGCACCACGACGUUGGCAUGGCCCAUGGCGAUUUCGCUCAGCGCCGUGAGCUUGCUCGGCGUAAACUGCACUCGCGCCGACCACCCGGCGCGAUUAGCGAUGCUCUUCGUGGCCUACGUCUUGGCUGCCAUGGCACACUGCGUGCGGACGCUGCACGCACUGGCCCUGCAGCGGGACUGGGUCGUCGAGCUUGCUCUUUUGUCCCGCACGCCGCUCGGAAGCUGGAACGUUGCGCUCAAGCAGGUCGACCUCGCCGCGCGGCUCAUCGCGCCGCUCGUGAUCCUGAUGGUCAUGCGGAUUCCAGUCGACGACGGCUCGGCGCCGUGGCGAACCUCGCUCGGUCUCUUUCUGGUGUGGCAAGGCAUGCUGAUGCCGCUGCAGUGGGCGACACUCCGGGACCUCUACCGCUUUGCGCCGUCGCUCGGCCACAAGACGCUCAGUACGGCGGCCGAGGUGAGUGGGUCGCGGUACAUGUCUCUUUGGCGCGAUUACAUGCAGCACCCUGUCUGCCGCGCGGGCAUCGCAAUGGGCCUUCUUGCGACCACGGUGCUCCGGGACGGACAUCCGCGCCCGUGGCUCACCCGGCACCUCUCACCGAGCUGGGACGCAGGGGACGUGGGCGGCGUGGCCAUGGGCAUGAUUGGCACGCUACUCUUUCCCUGGCUCCUCGCCUGCGUCCACCCGGUUGAGAAGCUCGGACUGGCCUCCAUGUGGUGGUACCUCGCCUCGCUCUUGCCCAUUGGCCUCGCUAGCGUCGAGACGCUCCAAACGCGCAGCGUGUGGCUGCUGGCGACGAUCGCACUCUCGCAAUCCGCGCGUGUGUGUGUCGACCUCGCCUUAUUGCAGAUCAUGCAAGAGUGGGUCGCAUCGACGCGGCGCGGCGCCAUCAACGGCGUGCAAUUGACGCUCAAGGCUGCAUGCAGUCUCGUCGUGCUACUGCUCGAGCGCAGCGACGUGGAGCUUGGUCUCUUGGUCGGCUGCUCGAUAAUUGCGAGCGCUCUCGCCGCCAUGGUCUACACGCGCUGGUACACCAAGUACGUCUAAGCAACGAAGAACCAGCGAGUGGUCCAUACUUCCUCGUGCGGGCCAUAAUAGAUGCAACGAGUGCUGCUUUACUAUUUAGAGCAAAGACGCGCUUUGCGG